ACACCAUCAGCUCUUUAGUUAAGAUUAAAUGAUUAAAAGCUUAAAUAUAAACUACAAAAUAAAAUACAAAUUAAACUCUGGCAUGGUUUGCCUUUCUCUGUUUCUCAUGUUGUCGCUGUUGUCCACCUCUGACGGAGGAACUUUAAAUCAAACAACCCGAGCGAUGAGAGAAGUUUCCCGGAGAGAGACGCCGACUCUGCCGCCGCCGUACCUGCAGCUCCCCGUCUUUGUGGACUCAAGGCUGCCUUUGGUGGAGAAGACACAUUUCUCUCCAGCCAGAGGCACCGGGCUGGAGCCUUUACCCGAACCCGUCCGAGAUGUCCUGCUCCGGCCAAACGGGAAUCCAACAGCCGAAACGCCUUCGGGUGUUUCCGUGAAGACUUCGUGUAAGCUGCAGAAGAUGCGGGUGCAGGUGGAGAGGAGCAUUUUGGGCACCGGUGAAGCAGUCCCUCAGGUCAAACUGGGGUCAUGUCAAGCCAGUAAAACUACAACAGAACACCUUUACUUUGAAUAUGACCUGGGCAUGUGUGGAACCAAACGCGCGAUAAGUAAUAACCAGGUGGCCUAUUCAAACACACUACGAUACGACCCGUCACCCAUCAAAGGACCAAUAAGGCGAGCAGCGCCCUUCGCUCUACCUGUUGCUUGUUAUUAUAACAGGUACCAAUACUCCUACAAGAUUGGCUACACACCAAUGUUGCAGAUGCGCAAGAUCUUCAAACCAAUGAAGAACAGAGUGAAAUUCAUUUUGACUCCACGAAAUGCUCAGUGGGAAAGGCUUUUUCCAACGGAUCAGUACAUUCUAGGGAAACCCAUGUACUUUGAGGCCGAGGCUCCGUCCAUGUCCCCAGAUGAAAGACUGUACGUCAACUUGUGUUACGCGACUCCCGAGAAUUCCCACACCUCCACACCUCAGUUUCCAGUCGUGAAAAACUUUGGGUGUAUGGUUGAAAGCAAGGACAGUCGCUCCAGAUUCAUCCCAUACAAAAACAAUGCUGUGAGAUUCUCUGUGGAUGCCUUCUUGUUCAAAGGAAUGACAGGCCAGCAGCUCUACAUGCACUGCAGCAUGUCUGUGGGCAGUUCAACCCCGACACCUACAGCUAAAUCCUGCAACUACGACACAAAAGCAAAAAGAUGGGUUGAACUGUAUGGAUCAGACUCGGUGUGCACCUGCUGCGACUCCAACUGCAGAUCUGCUGCAUCCGCAGUGACCAAAAUAAUCAGCAGCAGUCCGUGGACAGUAGAGCCUAAAGUGAAACCCACUGCAGCCCCAAAGAGGAAGACCUCCACUACCACAACCACCACAACAACAACAACAGCAACUAAAACAACAGUGCGACGAACAGAGACUACCAGAGAGGUGCCUGAACGGAGGACGACUUUACAUUUUAAAAAGGUAGCAGUGACUCCGAUGGGUAAGGUCGAGAACAAGGUGAAGGAGUUGAAGUGGCCGUACGGAGGUGGAGGUGUGACGUGGAUUGAGGUGGAAGGUGAGCAGCAGCAGCAGCGGGUGAAGGGUUCUGCUGUUGUGGAGAAGGAAAAGGUGAAGGAGGAGGUGGUCACGCAACCUCGCACGAUAUUUGAAGAAAUCUUUAUAUUUGACAAAUAAAGCUGACGGUUACUGUGAGAGGCUCUGUCUGGGUGGCUCAUUAUAACUCCUGAUGAGCUCAAAGGAUAAAUAUAGAGGUCUGUGUGAAUAUUUCUGGCUGUAUUUUUAGAUGUUUGAAAAAGUUAUUGUUGGUACUAACUGAAACCGUCCAUAUCAGUCUUUUCUUUAACCCUGUAGCAAACCUCCGCAAUUGCAAAAGCACAGAACACCAGAGGGUUAAAGAAAUAAUUCAAUAUUUUGAGAAAUAAGCUUAUUCUAUUCUAUACUUUCUUGCUGAGAGUUUAUGAGAAGAUUGAUGAUUGUCCUUUUUAGGGUCGCGAGGGGCUUGAGCCAAUCCCAGCUGGUAUUGGGUGGUGUACACCCACAACAGGACAUAUUAGGGUACAGCUUAACAUAAAUGAAUAUCUUUUAUGGAUUAUACAAACAAGAUAUGUUUUCAUUUGUGAGCUUUAAAGGCGCUCAAAGAUGGCCUUGGAUGUAGCUUAAUAAUAAUAAUACUCAAUUGACACACAUAAGAGUGGUCUUAUCAAAUUCUUGGCAAACAAAGUGUCAAACUACUCCUUUUGAAUUUGAAAAGAAAGCACCAAAAACUUAAAGAAAUCUCUGCAGAAUCUUUAAAUGAUAAAACUUCCAGCAGUCCAUUUUUAGAUAUAAGCAUCAUUUAUUAGCUUUACAUUGUGAGUAAAUGUUAUAUUGCUACAUGACAGUCAUUCUGUACAAUUUCUGUUUUACAAAUGUCAGGUCAUUGAAUGUAAUAACUGCAGUUCUGACCCAUGAAGUGAAAAAAAAA